GCGGGAAAUAGCAGCAAAAACAAUGCAAAAAUCCAUAACAUCUUUUUUCACAUCUCCAAAGCCCAAGAAGGAUGAUGCCAAGCCUACCAAAAGUGUGAUUGAUAAUGAAGUUAAAGAGGAACGUUCUCCCCUGAAGCAAAACAAUGGAUCUCCUGUGAAGACUUCCCCUGUGAAGGACUCACCAGUGAAAGUGUCGAGAAAGGGGAGGAAAUGUCGGAUCAUUGAGAGUGACGAAGAGGAGGAGGUAGAUAGGUGUACUCGUGAUUCCGAGGAGGAAAACCAGAAAAACAGUCCAGAACCACUCAAGGUCAAUGGAGUUGAGGAAAAGAAAACAACCAGCUCUGUAACAGAGAAGUCAGAAUCCCCUGUGAAGUCUCCCUUUGGCCUCCCAGUCAGAAAAACAGCAAGGAAAAGCAUGACAACACCAAAUAACAAGAAGAAAAGCCUUGUGUUCAGUCCUGGUAGUGAAUCUCCAGCCAAGAAACCUAAACUAGAGAUCAAGGAAGAGGACAAAAAACCUGAAAAUAAAUCAAAGGACAUGUCUGACAAAGAGGACAUAGAAACAGAAGUUAUGGAAGAAAAUGUAGAGGACGACAAAACAGAGGAGAAGGAGGAAGAUGAGGACAAAUUAGAGGACAAAGUAGAGGGAAAAGUGGAGGAUAAUAGGGAGGAAGAGGACAUGGAGACAGAGGACACUAAGAAAACCGAAAAGGUAUCCUCAUCCAAAAAAACAAAGAAAACUCCAAAAACCAAGAAAACUGCAGCCAGGAAAGAGGAUAAGACAAAGUCCAAGAAAAGCCAACCUUCAGAUGAGGAAAAAGAUACAAAGACAGAAGAUGAAUCUGGGAAUAAAAAGCCACAAAAAGCAUUUCAUAGUUUCUUUGCACCAAAAACUGAACCUAAAACAGAAGAUUCCACAAAAGAAGGAAAGAAAACUGAUGACAAAAGUGUGAAGACUUUAUCAUCUGGUAAAAAGGAAGAAGACACGGGGUAUAAUCCAGCAAAAACAAAUUAUCAUCCUAUUGAUGAUGCUGUAUGGAAACAAGGAGAAAAAGUUCCUUACCUGGCUCUGGCAAAGACAUUUGAGGCAAUAGAAAGCAUCUCAGGAAGGCUGAAGACAAUAGAAAUCUUGUGUAACUUUCUGCGUUCUGUGAUUGUUCUGAGCUCUGGUGACCUUGUUCAGUGUGUAUACCUAUGUCUGAACAAAUUAGCCCCAGCAUACGAGGGACUGGAGCUGGGCCUAGGGGAGACAGUUCUGAUAAAAGCCAUUGCCCAGGCAACAGGUCGAGGCCUGGACAAGAUUAAGGCUGAUGCUCAGGAGAAAGGCGAUCUGGGUUUGGUGGCUGAGACAAGCCGGAGUUCUCAGAGGACUAUGUUUGCUCCACCAAAACUGACUGUACCAGCUGUGUUUAGUAAGCUGAAGGAGAUAGCUGCCAUGUCUGGUAAUGCUGCCAUGACAAAGAAGAUUGAGAAGAUCAAGGGAAUGUUUGUAGCAUGUCGGCAGUGUGAGGCAAGAUAUCUAAUCCGAUCACUAGGGGGGAAGCUCAGAAUUGGUCUAGCAGAACAGAGUGUGUUAACAGCUCUGGGAAAUGCUGCAUUUAGGACUCCACCUGGGCAAGAUUUCCCACCAGAAGUGAUAGAUGCUGGUAAAGGCCUUGGUGCAGAUGCUCUAAAGAAGAAAAUGGAGGAAUGUGCACUUAUAAUCAAAACAACUUAUUGUGAAUGUCCAAAUUAUGAAGCAAUCAUUCCAGCCAUGAUUAAGUAUGGUAUAGAGGAUUUACCAAACCAUUGCAAACUUACCCCUGGUGUUCCCUUGAAGCCUAUGUUAGCACAUCCUACAAAAGGAGUCAGUGAAGUCUUUAAGCGAUUUGAUGAGGCAGACUUCACGUGUGAAUACAAAUAUGAUGGAGAAAGAGCGCAGAUCCACAUUCUAGAGAAUGGAGAAGUUCACAUCUACAGCAGAAACUCCGAGGAUAAUACAAGUAAAUACCCAGACAUCAUUGCACGGAUACCAAAGGUGAAGAGCGAAUCCGUGCUGUCCUGUGUCCUGGACUCAGAAGCUGUUGCCUGGGAUGCAGAGAAAAAACAGAUUCAGCCAUUCCAAGUUCUAAGUCACAGGAAAAGAAAGGAUGCUGAUGCUUCUGAGAUAAAGAUCCAGGUGUGUGUGUAUGCCUUUGACUUGCUCUACCUAAAUGGAAAAUCUCUGGUGAAGGAGCCAUUCAGGAAAAGACGAGAACUUCUACAUGCCUCCUUCACGGAAGUGGAGGGAGAGUUUAUGUUUGCCAAAUCAAUGAUAUCGUCAAACACAGAUGAAAUUGCAGAAUUUCUAGAUGAAUCCAUUAAAGGAAACUGUGAGGGACUGAUGGUGAAGACUUUAGAUGUGGAUGCUACUUAUGAAAUAGCAAAGAGAUCUCACAACUGGCUCAAGCUGAAGAAAGACUACCUGGAUGGUGUGGGGGAUACGCUGGACCUGGUAGUGAUGGGGGGGUUCCUAGGAACAGGAAAGAGGACUGGGCGAUAUGGAGGAUUUCUUCUAGGAUGUUAUGAUGAAGAAAAUGAAGAGUUCCAAUCUAUUUGCAAAAUUGGGACAGGGUUCACUGAUGCAGACUUGGAGAAACAUGCCACAUUCUUUAAGGAGCAUGUGGUAGAGAAGCCCAAACCGUACUACCAGUUUGACUCCUCUGUAGAACCGGAUCACUGGUUUGAUGCGGUGCAAGUCUGGGAGGUGAAGUGUGCUGAUCUCUCUAUUUCACCCACUCAUAAGGCGGCAGCUGGAAUUGUUGAUCCAGAGAAGGGUAUAUCUCUCAGGUUCCCCAGAUUUCUGCGAAUCAGAGAUGACAAGAAGCCUGAGGAUGCUACUUCAGCAUCACAGGUGGCAGAACUUUAUAACAAUCAGCAACAGAUUCAGAAUCAACAAAAGUCUGAAAAAGACGAAGUGGAGGACUUCUAUUGAACAUAUGUCAAUUUAAAUUAUAAAUGUAACUUAUUAUAUAUACCUGUCUAAGAAUGCAAUAAAUUUUUACUUGAGAGAAAGGAUA